AUGUGUGACAUCGUGUACAUGCCUGACAUCGAUCUCGAAUCUAAUCUUGAUUUAAAUAAUGAUGAUUAUGAAUAUGAGGAUGAAGCUAAACUUGUCAUAUUUCCAGACCACUACGAAAUUCCUUUACCCAAUAUAGAAGAACUGCCAGCACUGGUGACAAUAGCUUGUGAUGCAGUCCUGAGCUCGAAAUCUCCCUACAGAAAGCAGGACCCAGACUCGUGGGAAGAAGAGCUGCAAAUUUCCAAACAUGCCAACACUCUGGUGCAAAUGGACAAUGGAGUCAGGAUUCCACCAAGUGGCUGGAAGUGCUCCAAGUGUGACUUACGGGAGAACCUUUGGCUAAACCUCACUGACGGAUCCAUACUUUGUGGCAAAUGGUUCUUUGAUGGCAGCGGGGGAAACGGACAUGCCCUCGAACAUUUCAAGGAGAUGGGUUAUCCCUUAGCAGUGAAGCUUGGAACGAUUACACCCGAUGGUGCAGAUGUCUAUUCCUUUGAGGAAGAAGAAGCUGUUUUGGAUCCUCAUAUUGCCAAACACUUAGCUCAUUUUGGAAUUGACAUGCUCCAAAUGCACGUGACAGAGAAUGGCCUAAGAGAUAAUGACAUAAAACCUCGUGUCUCUGAAUGGGAAGUCAUCCAAGAAUCAGGCACAAAGCUGAAACCAAUGUAUGGACCUGGGUAUACCGGCAUGAAAAACAUGGGGAACAGCUCCUACAUCAGCAGCGUAUUGCAAGCCAUUUUCAGUAUUCCUGAAUUUCAGAGGGCGUAUGUGGGAAAUCUUCCAAGGAUAUUUGACUACUCUUCUUUGGACCCAACACAAGAUUUCAACACUCAGAUGGCUAAAUUGGGACAUGGACUUCUUUCAGGCCAGUAUUCAAAACCUCCAGUGAAAUCUGAGCUCAUUGAACAGGUGAUGAAGGAGCAACACAAGCCUCAGCGCAAUGGUAUUUCUCCACGCAUGUUCAAAGCUUUUGUAAGCAAAGGGCACCCCGAAUUUUCCUCCAGUCGGCAACAAGAUGCACUAGAAUUUUUCCUGCACCUUAUCAACCUGAUAGAGAGAAACCGAAUUGGCUCGGAAAACCCCAGCGAUGUCUUCCGUUUCUUGGUUGAAGAGCGGACGCAGUGCUGCCAAACCAGAAAAGUACGGUACACAGAGAGGGUGGAAUAUCUCAUGCAAUUGCCCGUUGCAAUGGAAGCUGCGAUAAAUAAAGAUGAAUUGAUUGCUUAUGAACUGAAGAGAAGAGAAGCGGAAACAACAAGGAGGCCCCCACCAGAGAUGGUCCGGGCAAGGAUCCCUUUCAGUGCUUGUCUCCAGGCCUUUAUGGAACCAGAAAAUGUAGAAGACUUCUGGAGCAGUGCCCUUCAAGCCAAGUCUGCUGGCAUUAAAACAUCUCGCUUUGCUUCCUUUCCUGAAUACCUGGUGGUUCAGAUAAAGAAGUUUACUUUUGGCCUUGACUGGAUCCCUAAGAAGCUUGAUGUUUCUGUAGACAUGCCAGAUCUUCUAGACAUCACUCAUCUCCGAGCAACGGGCUUUCAACCAGGAGAGGAGGAACUUCCAGACAUCUCUCCACCUGUGAUCAUUCCUGAUGACCCCAAAGAUGGCAUGAUGAACCAUUUCAUGGAGUCCCCAGAUUUCGAUGAAUCCUCCGUGAUGCAGCUGGCAGAGAUGGGGUUUCCAUUGGAAGCAUGCCGAAAAGCCGUGUACUACACUGGCAACAUGGGUGCUGAGGUGGCUUUCAACUGGAUCAUUGCGCACAUGGAAGAACCAGAUUUUGCAGAGCCUUUAUCCAUCCCCGGCUAUGGGGGAACAGCUUUUCCCCAAACAGGAGGAUCAGGAGUUCCUGGGUUGGAUAAUCAACCUCCAGAAGAGAUGGUAUCCAUCAUUUCCUCUAUGGGAUUUCAGCGGAAUGUAGCUCUUCAGGCACUACGAGCAACAAAUAACAACUUGGAACACGCAUUGGACUGGAUCUUUAGUCACCCUGAACCAGAGGAAGAGACUGAAGUAGCUUCUGAAGUCAUGAAUAUAGAAAACCACAUGAAUGCUAACAUCCUUGCAGAAUCGGAUCCAGAAGGGCCCCGGAUCAAAGAUGGACCGGGAAGAUAUGAACUCUUUGGCUUCAUCAGUCACAUGGGAACAUCCACCAUGAGCGGCCAUUAUGUUUGCCAUCUUAAAAAGGAAGGAAGGUGGGUGAUCUACAACGACCAUAAAGUUUGUGCCUCCGAGCAGCCACCCAUAGAGCUAGGAUAUAUUUACUUCUAUCACAGAAUACCAAGUUAGACCUCACUCUGUUCUCUGGCCUUAGGAAGCUAUAAGCCUUUUUACUCUGCCAAAAAUGUUGUUUCCAGUAAGCAAAGCCUUUGGACUGCCAAAAUGAAAAAAAGAAAAGAAUCAGGAUAAUUCAAUUGAUGCCUUCCUAAAUCUUUAGAGGAGAGUUUUUCUGUUAAAUGAUGGUGCAUUGUAGGAUUUUAAAGUUUGUCUACAUUUCGUGGAGACCUUAAGACUGUUCUGAACCACUAGCAGAGUUUGCAGCAAACGUCCAGAGAACACAAAACUGUUCCUGCACUGAGAAGAACCUGCCAUCUUUGGUUUAACCCUUAAAGGACUGACGGUUGCUAAGCGGUUGCUUUGAACUAGGAAUUCAUCACUGUUGCUGGAUGGACUCUAUUUGCUAGCAUGAAAAGUUGCUUAUCUGGAACCCUAAAUUUCCGAUUAAAAAGGAAAG